AUGUUUGCUUUGGGAAAUCAUGUCACCCAUAUAUUGCUUGCCGAAUUCGACAUUGACCGAGGUGCUUCUUUAACGCAUCAGUACCCUCAAAUUACUGGAACCGAUGAACACUUAUUAGCUGAACUCAUGCUUCCUGAUGGUGCACAUCUUCGACCUGAGGACUGGACCGUAUUUUUCCUGAAUCAAACAAUUCCAAACAUAGACGACAUUUCGAUCAAUACCACCAAAAGAAUGUCUAGUGACGAUAAAGAAGGUGAUGAAGAGGAUAGACCCUCGUUGUUAUAUGCAUUGAAUCUGGUGCGGACAAAACAUGAUAAAGAGGCAAGGAGAGGUGCUGUCGUUAAAGCAAUGGCAAUUUGUACGAAGCACCAAUUCUUACACAUUUAUAAGCCAAUUUUGCUUUUAGCCCUCGAAAAUUAUUUUCAAGAUCCUUCGAUAAAAUGCCUUGAAUCACUUUACGAGGCUGUCAAUUCAAUGGACGUGUCAUUUAUGCCGCGUUUCUCGCCGCAAGAGAAAGCGAUAUUACGUGCAUCAGAAUCCAAGGAUUUGUUUGAAGAGAAAUUCGUGGAAUUCGAGAAAAAUAAGAAUCGGAUUAGUAAUUAUUCCACGGGAAGUAAUAAUCAAAAUAACAACAACAACAAUAAUCAAGUAGCAGCUGCAACACAGGAAAAUGUAGUAAAAGCCACGGUACCAUUGAGUUCAAACGCUGAAAAUAUGAGUCACGUAGAUACUCCCGAAGAAGAGCGAUUGGCGAGGAUGAGACGUGGCGCGUAUAUUGAUUUGUCAUCUCGUGAACUUUUGCCUAAUCUUAGUAAUGUACAUAAAGAUCGGCAUUUCUAUGAGACAAAAGUCCAUUAUAAUGGAAUCAAUUUGCCAAUUAGAGUUCCUUUGACUGUUAACCCAGAAGAAGUUGGUGAUUUCUCUCUCAUCAAACUCAUCACAACGUUUUCCCCUCCAUCACCCUCACCCAAUACUCACCCAUUUCAUCCUCACCUUGAUACCAGUGGAAAUCAAACACAUCCGAUUAUUCUUUUGGUUAAUGCGUUGUUGACUCAAAAACGCAUAAUAUUUUUGGGCCAAGGACAUCCGUCUGGCGAUGUCGCUAAUUAUGUUUUGGCUGCGUGUGCUAUGGGAAGUGGAAGUGGUGGUGUAUUACGGGGAUUCUCGGAACGUGCAUUUCCGUAUACUAAUUUGACACAAUUAGAUGAUUUGUUAAAAGUACCAGGUUUUAUUGCUGGCGUGACUAAUAGAAUAUUUGAAGACCAUAGUUCAUGGUGGGAUGUAUUAUGCAAUAUAGAUACAGGAAAAAUCACAGUUAGCAAAGAUAUUGUUACUCCAUCUUAUGGCACUAAACAAGACGACCGUCCUGAUGAAGGAGCAAAAUCUCCUUCGAGUAAGAAUGAACCAUGGGGCAGAGAAAAAUGGGAUAUGACUGAUCAUGAAUUCAUGACUGAGGUUAUGCAUGCGAUACAGCAUCAUUAUGGCGAGACAGCAAUUCGCGGAAAAUUCCAAGAGUAUGUCCAACGAUUUGUACGGCUUACCGCUCUCUACGAAAUAGAGACUUUUGGCUCUACCAAAAUAGGAAUAACACCUGCAAAUACAGAUACCAACAAAAUUCUUGGUACUGGUCUUGCUUUUCCGGAUGAAAAUGCAAAAUUACGUGAGGUUGCCGCCAAUAUGAAUCGUAUGGAAGGCUGGAGACAGACAAUUUCUUAUAAAUAUUAUCAACAGGAUUUCCAACAUUAUCUGAAAACACGAAGCAUCAAAUCGUUUGAUGUCUACUUUCAAAUUGCGAAACUUCGGACACUUAAGAAUAUGCAGACGGAGGAAGUGGAGACCUUGUAUAAAGCAUUUGUCGACAGUGUUCAUACAGAUGAACAGAUAAUCGAGUUCUUAUCGUAUUUGCCACAGAAUCAAGGAGGUCUAUUUCCAGUCGGACUUGGAUUAUUCCACCCUUUGAAAUCUGUGCGUGGAUAUACAAUUGAAUUGUUUAAUAGAAUAAAUGAACAUGUGACCGGAAACAAAUUUGUUCAAACCUUAAAUUUUUUCCUCAAAUACGCAUACGAGAGACAACUCACGCUUCAACGCGAACAGCAGCAAAUUGUUAAUAAGAUUGCAGCGCACCAAUACGAUAAUAAUAAAUUCAUUCCUUCUUCGCCGGACAACAAAAACCCGUCGGGAAACAUACCGCCCCCUCCACAGUUAACGGCGGCAUCAUCAGCUAAUGUAUCUAAUGCCAAGAAAGAGGAUGCUGCCUUUUCAGCUGAAGUCCGGAGACUCGUGGAAGAAGGCAAACUGGACAAGGCAUAUAGAAUUGUGCUUCUUAGCCCGAAACAAGUCUUAUCACAAGAAGUUUGGAAUAUAUUGAUUACGGAAUGCGUAAAGGAGGGGAAAGUUUCAAGGGGCUUUCUCUUACUUACAGAGAUGAAACGACGAGGAUUCCUACCCAAUGAAAUACAAACAUACACGAUCCUCUUAAAUGGUAUGGAAAAAAAAUGCACCUUCCCUAAUAACAUAGUCUUCGCUAGCACCGUUAUAGAUAUCAUGGUACUAAACGCGAAUGAGACCUCAAUUUAUCCAAAUACUGCACACGGGAACGCGUUAUUGUCUGCGUGUGAUCGCGAUAUGGGCGAGGAAAAAUUGGAGAUGAACGAUCAAUUGGCUGCUGCAAUGAUUUGUUGUUGUAGGAAUGCAGGGGAAACCACAAAAGGAUAUGAGAUUGUUGAAAAAGUAUAUGGGAUCAAAUUGCACGCGACGCCUGAGAUUGUACCUUCAGAAUAUGAUGUUGAAAUGACUGCGAAAUCACUGGAUAUUAUACUUGGAUUAUUUCACAAAGUUCGUGCUGAAUCAAAAGGACUUCGUUUUUUCAAACGGGCUUUGACUAAGUUUCCAAAAACAAUAGCCCUCGAUAUUCAAAACAUAAAUCUCUUAAUCUUUUUAAAUAUACAAACAAGAAAGUAUCGCGAGGCACUUACCCAAAUUCAGUAUAUUCGUACUCACAAUUUGAAACCCGUUCUACGUACCUAUGAUCUGCUGUUGAACGCUUGCAGACUUGCAGGAAAUUUCAUUGCGGCCAAAAAAUUAAUAGCGGAAAUGCGAGAACGGGGAAUGAAAGCUAAUGCGAUGGUAAUAACAUCGAUACUUACUUGCACUGUAAACCUACCAACGUUAAAGAUUACCGAUUUGUGUUGGGUGUUGGAUCAGAUUGAAGGAUUUGGUUUGGAUAUUUUAUCGCUGAAGAAUCGAUCUUACAAGAUUCCGUUCAAGGUGAAUCCAGUUUUUUUGAGAUCGAUGAUUAGUGCGUACUCUUUGGCUCGGGAUAUGGCUGAUAAACAAUUGUUGGAUGAGAAAUUUGAAAAUUGGACAUUUUUUGAAGAAUUUUAUAGUAAAAAACUGGAAACUUCUUCAAAGCAAGAUAGUUUCUCAAGUUACGAGGAAAAGCCACCAAAAACUUUAAAGGUUUCAGCAAAACAAGAUAAUCUCAUGACUGAUGAAGAAAAACCGUCACGAAAAUUAAAAGGUUGGGUUGGACAUCAAAAUGAUUCCACAAGCGAUAAUGAAAUUUCAGAACCAAGUUCGACUGAUCGCGUAGAUUAUUUGAUUACAGGAGAACGAAAUGUAAAAUUAGUUCGACAAAGAUUUAGGCCUGGGAUUUUUGAUGCAGAAUUUAACGAUAGAGAAAAAUCGAGUCAAUCGAGUCAAGAAUGGCAAUCUGAUCCGACUAACUUCAAAUCACACGAGAAAAACUAUGGAGACAGAGGUUAUCGCAAUGAAGAAUCGAACGAUACGGAAGAUAGGUUCGCACAGAAGUCAAAAGCAGAAAAAUCGCUAAAAUAUCAAGAAGAUGAAGAAGAAUUUCUGGAUAGAUCAAACAUAAAAGAAAGAGCGAAACCUAAAUAUAAUGAAAUAGGAGGAUCAAAAACAGACGCAAGAUAUCGUGGAAAUUCAUGGUCUAACUCAAGUUUUGAAAGACAAGAAAAGCCAAGAUAUUCAGGAUAUAAUGAUCGUGAUGAUAAUAAAUAUUCAAGAUUUGCAACAAGAGAUAGACCCGAAUUUAAUAUAAAAUCAGCAGAGCAAAGACCGAGAUAUUAUGAGCAAGAACAGGAAUAUUCUAGACCAAGGUUUCGCGAAAUAGAAAACAAUAAAGGAAAAUAUAGACAAAAUUAUAGUGUUAGUAAUAGUAUUGAGCAAUUUAGAUCAUCAGGUGUAGAGGAAAAUAAUUAUGAAGACUAUCGUAAAUUUUAUUCCCCGUCAAGCUAUGAAGUAAAAAAAAGACAAUUUCCUAGAAUAAUGUCUGAGGAAAGUCAGCCAAAUUCACGGAAUCGAAAAAGCAGUGAUGGUGGUAGCUUCCGUGAUACUUCACUACGGCAGCCACCACCACGAUUUAGUAAUAGUAUUAGAAGUAAUAGCGGCAGAUCUGAUUAUAAUGAACGGCCUCAAAGAUCAUCUUUCAGACGUAAUUAA